AUGAGCACCGAUAUUUUGUUCCCCACACGUGACAUCCAAGACGGAGAACAGCAUAUUGUGGCCGUCUUAAGCAAAUGUCGAAACAAUUCCUCACCCGCCAACAACGAGCAAAUAAUGCCUGUUGACUGCCGGCCACCGAGGAAUGGCGUCGGCGAGUCGGCUGCCGCCGGAGUCCCAUUGGGUGGGUGGUGGGUGCUAACCAUGUCCAGCCGAGAGCGAGCUGCGCCCACUGGGCCCGACCCAAUCCGAUCCGACCUGACAGACCAGCUCUAUCGAUCGAGUUCUACAGUAGGCAGCGUGAGUGUCACGAGACUCGGCCUCAACUCUUCGCUGUCUUUACAACGUCGUCAUCUCAUCGAGCUCUGCGUCGGAGUUGGCCGACUGGUUCACUGCCCGCCAUCCGUCUACAACAUCGUCGUCCUGGAUCCUCCCUAG